AUGAGUAAUCGAAAUAAGAGUUUGGCAGAAAGAAGAAAUUCGAAAAGUAAGUGUAAGACCGCGAUCUCUCAACGCAAAAACUCUGAUUGUGAAGAUUAUAAUUUCUAUUAAGAGUUCUAGUUAUUCUAUCCCUAAGCUUAGGAGAUAAAGUUUACUAAAUUUGAAUACAUGAAGGAGUUCUUUAAUUUAGGAAUCAAUGAAUUUCCAUCUGAUGAAGAAAUCUAACGUAUCCAACAAGAGAUACUAACAACUAGUGGUUGGAAUACAAAUCUUAAAAAGAAUUGGACACUUAAUGAGAAGAAAGUUCUAAUUUGGUUGGUUGGAAAAUUUAGUAUAAUGAGAAAUGAGGACAUAAGAGACUUAUCAUCAGAAUUAUUUGAAGAGAUUUCAAGAAUGAUUUGUAGAAGAGAUAAGGAUCAAUGCAAAUAGAAAUGGUCUUAAAUGCAAAAAAUUGCACUUCAAUAAUAACCUUUUAAGGCAGAAGAAGAUAAAAAAUUAUACGAUAUUAUUGUAUAAUAUUAAUCAGUAGAUAUGGGUUAGAAGUGGAGUUAAAUAGCAUAAGAAUUAAAUUAACAUUCAAAUAUUUAUAGAUCAAGUAAAUAAUGUAGAGAAAGAUGGCUUAAUCAUUUGAAUCCAAAGAUUUCUAAGUAAUAUAAAAUAUUAAUUUUUAUUUAAGGUAACCUUGGACUGAUGAUGAGGACAUAUUAUUGCUGAAUCAUGUAAAAGAUUAAGGAAGGAGAUGGGCAGAAAUAUCAAAAAUAAUGGAUGGAAAGAGGAGUGAGAACAAUUUAAAAAAUCGAUUCAAUAGUUUAAUUAAAAGGGAAAAGGAUUUACCAGUGUUGUAAUUAUUUGAUACAAAUAAUAAUAGAUAGACUUAAAAUGGAUCAGCAACUAAUUUGGAUGAUUUGUUAUCAGGUUGCACUGGACCAGAAAUAACUGAUCUUUAAAGAUAAGCCAUUGAUGUCUUGUUAUCCAAGUUAAAAUGGAGAAGUGCCGAGAGUUAGAAUAAAAAUAUAAGGAAGAAAUCAAUUGAGCUUACUGAAAAUGUAGAUAAUUAAGUAAAGCGACAAUUUUAAUAGCGAACCUAGAUAACUGCCCAAUAUACUAUAGGAAAUUUAGAGUAAGAAUCAAAUAUUACAGAACUAACUCCUUGUUUAGUAAAUGUGAGCAAAAACAUUAUUUAUUUUUGCACUUAAGAAAUCUUGAUUUAAUAUUUAGGUUAUCAAUAAUAGUAACAGCAACAAUUUAAAGAUCAAUUUGAUAAAAUUAAGAAUGAAUUAUGUGCUUUUGAUAUUGGAUUUUAGAAUUUCAAAUCUACACUCAGUAUGAUAGAAGAGAUUGAAGAACCUCUUAAAAGUUAAACAAACUUUCAACCAAAUGAUUUAGAUGCAUUUUUUAAUUUAGAAACCCCAGAAACAGUUUCCAAACCUAUUUAUGUAAAUUCUCUUGAUAUGAUUACAAAUUCUGCAAUCAAAUAUUUGUAGCGUUGGAAGACUGAGUGUUAAUUUAAUGAUUAGCGAAGAUCAAGCAUAACGAUACCGAGAUCACUUCCAAAUUUGAUAUAAAUUUAAUAAUGA